UGACGCACCGUUAUUUACCGGACCGUUAACUUUCCUCCUCAAGCCUUUCCUCAUGCCAUCACAGCCUGCAUGCUGCGUUAAACGAAGGAAAAACAACUGAAACAUAGUUUAGUACAAGUUUAACCACUGAAGAGCUGACAAUUCCUCUACAUUUUUGCUUCUUCUUUUACUUUUUGGACACUUUUACCGCGUUAUUACGCAUGAUGCGCAAAGGGAUGGCUCCUCUUCGGAAACACAAAACGGGAGUACAACAUGUUUUUUAUGUCUAUCUCUCUAUUUCAGUUGCUUAUUCUUACAAUAUAGACUUAGAACAUCCUUUGGUGUUCCGCGGACCAAAUUCUAGUUUUUUUGGCUAUUCUGUGCUGGAGCAUUAUCAUGACAACACACGCUGGGUAAUAGUAGGGGCUCCAAGGGCAAACUCAACCUACAGUAGCUCUGUGCACUCUCCUGGAGCUGUAUAUAAAUGUCGAGUUCACAGCAACCCCGAGCGCCGCUGCACAGAGAUGGAUCUGGGAAGAGGAAACAAGCAGAGAGAGUCGUGUGGGAAGACGUGCCAAGGAGACCGGGACGAUGAGUGGAUGGGGGUCAGCCUGGCCCGCCAGGACAGAGCCAGCGGCAAAAUACUGGCCUGUGCUCACCGCUGGAAAAACGUCUACUACGACUCAGAGCACAUCCUUCCACAUGGGUACUGCUCCAUCAUUCCUCCCAAUCUUCAGGGCAUGGCGAAGCCGCUCAUCCCUUGUUAUGAAGACUAUAAGCAGAAGUAUGGGGAAGAGCACGGCUCGUGCCAAGCCGGGAUAGCGGGCGUUUUUACGGAGGAGCUGGUGGUGAUGGGGGCACCGGGGUCAUACUACUGGACUGGAACGAUCAAGGUGUACAACCUGACUUCUGACUCUUUCUACAGCCCGAACAAGGAAGACGUGGACUCCCACAGAUACAGCUACCUUGGCUAUGCUGUUACUGCUGGACACUUCUCUGCUCCUAAUGUAAUAGACAUAGCUGCAGGGGCGCCCCAGCACAGCAACAGUGGAAAAGUUUACAUUUUCAAAAUCGACGGUGUGUCGUUGGUGAAGAGUUUUCAAGCCUCAGGGAAAAUGAUGGGCUCUUACUUUGGCUCCUCAUUGUGUGCAGUUGAUCUGAACCAGGACGGCCUGUCGGACCUGCUGGUGGGGGCACCCAUGCACAGCCAGCUCCGGGAUGAGGGCCAGGUGUCUGUGUACCUCAGCAAGGGCAAUGGGGUGAUGGAGGAGAACGCUGUUUUAAGUGGGGACAAUGCGUUUAAUGCACACUUUGGAGAAUGCAUUGCUGCAAUCGGAGACAUAGAUGACGAUGGAUAUCAAGAUGUAGCCAUAGGAGCACCUAAAGAGGAUGACUAUGGAGGAGCUGUUUAUAUCUACCAUGGGGACGCCACAGGAAUCAUCAGCAAAUACUCAAUGAAACUGUCUGGGCGCAGUGUAAGCCCUGGUCUGCAGAUGUUUGGCCAGUCUAUCUCAGGGAAUGUGGACAUGGACAACAAUGGAUACGCAGAUGUCACUAUUGGAGCUUUCAUGUCAGAUAGUGUGGUGCUGCUGAGGACACGACCUGUCAUUACGGUGGAUGUCUCCAUCUUCCUGCCUGUCUCCAUCAACAUCUCUGUGCCGCAGUGCCACGAGGGCCACCAGGGCCACCUGAACCUGAACUGCUUCAACGUCACCGUCUGCAUGCGCUUCAGAGGAAGACAGCUGCCCGGACAGAUAGAGCUGCUGUACAACUUGACAGCUGAUGUGGAUAAACGACAGAAGAGCCAGCCUUCCCGGGUCUACUUCACUCAAAGCGGAUCUCAGAUCAGCCAGAUGAGCCAGCAGCUCAGCUUGGACAUCAACAGGGAGGAGUGCCAACGAUACACCGCCUACGUUAAGAAAGAUGUAAAGGACGUGUUUACGGCCAUCACAUUUGAGGUGGCGUACGGCCUGGGGAAGCAUGUGUUGACGGGACACUCGGAGCGAGACCUGCCCGCGCUCACUCCAGUGCUGCGAUGGAGGAAAGGAAACAAGAUCGCAGUGAGGAAUGAGACUUGGUUCGAGAAGAACUGCCUGUCAGACGACUGCGCUGCAGACCUGAGGCUUCAUGGGAAACUGCUGCUGUCUGGGUUGCAUACCAAACCCCAUUUGGCCCUUGGAGGCGUGAAGAACGUCUCUUUGAACCUGACCAUCUCCAACGCCGGGGACGAUGCCUACGACACCAACAUCUACUUCAACUUCUCCAGAGAAGUUUUCUACAUCAACUUCUGGCAGAAGGAAGAGAAGGGUAUUUCCUGUGCACUUGUUGAUUUGGACUUCCUCAAAUGCAGCGUGGGAUUUCCCUUCAUGAGAGCGCAGACCAAGUACCAUUUUGCUGUGAUUUUUGACACAAGUCGGCUCUCUGGUGAAAAUGACACAUUGCAGUUCUUAGUUCAAGCAAAAAGUGCCAAUCCCGAGCACAAACUCUCUGACAACAGUUUGGAUCUGUCCAUCCCUCUGGUUCAUGAGACCGACACAGCUAUUACUGGUGUGGUGACACCGAGCUCCUUUGUGUAUGGAAACUCCAUCGAUGCCUCGCGCUUCGUCCAGCUGGAAGACAUGGAGUGCAACUUUCAGCCUCUCAAUCUCACUUUCCAGGCCAUAAACAAGGGGCCCAGCAGGCUGCCUGGCUCCACUGUGGACAUCAGGAUACCCAACCGGCUAGCUGGCAACGGAGCUGACAUGUUCCACAUCAUUGAAACACAGGUGGCUGAUGGCCGAGGGAACUGCACCCCUCACAGGAACCCCACACCCUGCACCAUCCCCCAGGACAGAGAAAGCAUCUUCCACUCCAUAUUUGCCUUCUUCACCAAAUCAGGGCGCAAAGUCUUGGACUGUGACCGGCCGGGAAGAGCGUGUAUGACCAUCUCCUGCAGUCUGGGUCCACAAUUAAAAGAAGAAGCUUUGAGCAUAGACAUAAAAGUUCUGCUCAACACUGAAAUCCUCAAGAGGGAUAGUUCCUCAGUGAUCCAGUUUGUGACGAGGGGCAAUGUGCAAGUAAACGACAGGGCAAUGGAGGUGCCAAAUGGGCUGCCAGAGGACAUUUCUCUGGUGUUCGAGGCUCUCCACAGUCAGGAGCCGAGGGGUUACGUAGUCGGCUGGAUCAUUGCCAUCAGUCUGCUGGUGGGAAUCCUCAUCUUUUUGCUGUUAGCUGUGCUACUCUGGAAGAUGGGAUUCUUCCGUCGGCGCUACAGAGAGAUCAUUGAGGCUGAAAAGAACAGGAAGGACAGUGAUGAAAGCUGGGACUGGAUGGAAAAGAACCACUGAGACCUGCAGUGGGGGUCCCACAGGAGCCAAUGAGAUUAGGGAUUGGGUCGGGAAGGAUCCAAUAGCACGUGGUCUCGCAGCCCAGCCGCCCCAGUGGCACCAGGCCCUUCAGUCUUCCAUAUGUGGAAGAGAAGAAUAUUCUCCAUAUUUUUUGGAGACUUGAUAUUUUUUUGUGGGUGGGGGUCCAGGAAACAGGCUUCUGAGGUGACAGUGUGGCUUGCCAGAGGACACUUGGAAUUCAGCUUAAUCUCAAAGGAGGUAACUCCCAGCCAGCCAGCGAGAGCAGAGCUGUUGAUGGAGACCCACAUCCGUACGGGGAUGUGGAGACGGCAUGAAAACUGGUGGACAACAAAACCCUCAGGGCUGUGUUACAUAGCAAAUUUAUUUUUCUACAUACACUUUAAGCCAUAUUGUAUAAAACUGGGCUUCGAGAAGAGAUGGGGGUUUGAAGGCCAUUAUAAACAUACUGUAUCUACAGUAUGUUUUCCUAAAAGCACUGAUGUUUGAUAAGAAUGAAUGCCUUGGCUCCAUAGCUUUACUUUUUUUGCCAAAGAUAUGUCCUGUAUAGUAUAUGAUUGGAGUCGUUUGUAUAUUCAGUUCUUCCUGGGAGUGAAAGAUUGUAUCUC